ACAAUAAACACCGACAAUUUCUUUUCUGGGAAACUCUGUCUUCAAUAAGUCCACAGCCAUAACAGAAUUCUCCACACACACACACACACACACACAUACACACUCAUUAAUUCUACGUCGCAUGGCAUGACAACUAAUGAAACCAUUCUUCAUUUGAGAUGGAGAAUAUUACUACUUUCAUGUCUCAGUUUCUUUUGAUUUGGCAAAGAGGCAGGAUGUCAUUUUGUGCCUUUCUUUCUCUUUUUUUUCUCUGUCUAUUAGCCUACAACGGCGCCGCUAUAUUCUGCGUCAGCGUCCCUUUCCCGGGGAAAACUCCGCCGUUGCCGGAAUAUGUUCCUACUCAACGUCGUUCAGUCGGAAAAGCAAGCUCGAAUAUAAACUUGAGCACUCUUUUGCCUCUUCUGCAUAAAAAUCAAAACAGAAGCACGUUGCAUCGUCCCAAGACAAGGAAAUUCGAGGAGAAUGUUGUAAGAAUCCUGCGGUCCGAAGCCGUGAAGAAACAGUUUGAAGUGAGAGUGAUGAAGUUUUUCAAAACCAAUUCGUGUAAGUUUCGAUUCUUCAUGACUUGGAUUUCCCCAGUUGAGUCUUUCAGAGAUAGAGAGGUGUUGAGUGUUGAAAGUGUAUUCAAGACACAUCCCAAUGGCUGCUUGAUCAUCGCCUCGAACUCGUUGGAUUCCCCAAGUGGGAGGCAGAUCUUGAGGCCCUUUUCAGACAAGGGGUUCAAGGUUGCUGCAAUGACACCAGAUUUCACUUACCUGUUGAGGAACACUGCAGCUGCAGCGUGGUACAACCGGUUGAAGCGAGGGAAUGUGAAUCCGGGAGAGAUUUCUUUAGGCCAGAAUUUAUCAAAUUUGCUCAGAAUAGGCCUUCUUUAUCGGUUUGGUGGGAUCUAUCUCGACACAGACGUACUAGUCUUGAAGAGUUUUGGGGUGCUGAGGAAUGCCAUUGGAGCUCAGAGUAAUGAUCUUGCUACUGGUAACUGGAGCAGGCUCAACAACGCAGUCAUGAUCUUCGACAAGGGGCAUCCUGUGGUGCGCGAGUUCAUGGAAGAAUUCGCGCUCACCUUUGAUGGGAACAGAUGGGGUCACAACGGGCCUUACUUGGUUUCAAGAGUGGUGGCGAGGGUGAGUGAGAGGCCGGGAUUCAAUCUCACCGUGUUGCCACCGGUGGCCUUCUAUCCCGUGUGUUGGAACAGAAUCGGCGGCCUCUUUGAAGGGCCCAAGAGUUUGAGCCAUUCGAAAUGGAUGCUUGCAAAGCUCAGGCAAAUUCGGAGCCGGAGCUUUGCUGUUCAUCUGUGGAAUAAGCAGAGCAGGCAGUUUAAGGUUGAGAAAGGAAGCAUCAUUCAACAUUUAAUGUUCAGUUCAAGUACUGUUUCUGUCUUGGAAUGAGGCUAUUAAUUAUUUUCUUGCCACCAAUUCAUUCUGUUUACGAAUACUUUUUUCUCUUUUACAAGUUUUUAGAUCCAAAUGUAGCUAGUUGUUCUUAUUUUUUUGUGUAUUUACAGUUGAAUAGAAUAUUGCAUCGCAGUUGAAUGUUGGGACAA